UUGAUCAAGGACGAAACGAGAGAAUUAUUCGUCGUCGUCAUGUGUUGCGUCAUCAACGCGUCUGUCGCCUUUCUCGGAAUCGUCGGCAACGUCAUCAACGUGGCAGUGUUUCUAAAACUUGGAUUCAGGGAGACCACCAACAUCACCUUGCUCGGCCUGGCCAUAUCCGACCUGGGGUGCCUCCUGUCUGCCGAGUGGGUCUACUUGUGCUUCAACCCGCUUUUUAACAAUGCGGAUAUUCCGUUCGUCCCUUUCGAGAUCGAGAAUAUCACCGGCGGCUGGCCGCACAUUUGCUUCGGCCGCAUUACGGGGGUCAUCACCGCCUACGUCACCCUCGAACGCUGCCUGUGCAUCACCCUGCCGCUGACGGUGAAGGCCGUCCUGACCCCUCGCAGGACCUCGCUGGUCAUCGUCUGCAUCUUUCUUGUGAUGUUCAUCAGCGUGAGCCCCGUGUUUACCGUCAACCUCCUCGAGUGGAAAUUCUACCCGUCAUCCAACCGCACACGAGUGGGUAUCGUCUACACCAAUAAUCGAUCGCAGGUGGAACGCAUCGUGUUCGCUAUCACCGAUUUCUACUCGUACAUCGCGUUCAUCGUGGUCUCCGUCUUCACGGUCCUCCUGGUAUCGAGACUGAAAGGCACUCGUCGCUGGAGACGAGAUUCAACUACCAACCAGACGUCGGCCGCAAGAAAAGACGGCAAGGUCAUCAAAAUGGUGCUCACCGUUUCCGUUGUGUUCAUCGCAUGCUUCUUCCCCAUUACCGUUGUCUUCAUCGGCACCAUGGUGUUCCCGCAGUUCGGAACCGGCGGCCGCUACGCCAACCUAUUCUAUGUUGUAGCUUCGUGCGCCUACUUCCUAGAGAUCAUCAACUCCAGCGUCAACUUCCUCAUCUACCUGAAAAUGAGCUCGAGAUUCAGGCACACGUACAGGAAACUGUUGCACUGCAGGAGGAAGAUUCGGGGU